AUGGUUGAAUCAACGAUUCUUUCCAAAAAGAUGAUCAAGCCCUCUUCCCCCACCCCUUCUUCCCUUAGUCGUCACAAUCUUUCUUUCAUUGAUCAGAUAGCUAGUUCUGCAUUCUCUCCAAUUGUCGUCUUCUACUCUAAACCUACAAAUAACACAAGGCAGAUUCUUGAAAAUUCUCUUUCAAAAGUAUUGUCCUCUUAUUAUCCCUUUGCCGGAAGAAUCAAAGAUGAUUAUGAAUACGUUGAGUGUAAUGACACAGCAAUCAGUGGAUGCCUAUCACACAAGAUUGCUGAUGGAUAUAGUCUCUUGAAACUCCUUAAGGAUUGGGCUGCUACAGCUCGACUUGAGUUGGAUUUCAAACCAUCUACUCAAUUUGAUGUACAUUCUUUCUCAUCCUCUAGUUUGGACAGACUCAAGGAUAUUGUUGCAAUGAAUUCACAAGUGCAGAAUCCAAUUCGUGUUGAAGUUGCUACAGCACUGCUUCAUAAAUGUGGAUCGGCAGUAUCAAUAGCGAAUUUAGGCGUGUUCCAACCAUCUUUACUGUGCCAUUUAAUGAAUUUUCUUCCACCACUGCCCCAAAACACCAUUGGAAACGCUUGUUAUUUCUUUGGAUCAACAGCAGCGAAGGAAAAUGAGACACAAUCUCAACUACGUAAGGCUAAGCAAUAUAUUCAAGACAAGUCGAAAGAUCCAAAUCAGCUAGCCUCGCAUUUACUUGAAAAAUUCAAAGAGCGUGCAAACAAAUCAGAGAAGAAUAAAUUUGAUUUUUAUAUGUGCAGUAGAUUGUGCAAUUUAGGAGUAUAUAAGAUUGAUUUUGGAUGGGGUGAGCCUAUAAGGGUGACACUUGCAAGAAAUCCAAUGAAGAGUAACUUCAUUUUCUUGGAUUCCCCAAAUGGAGACGGGAUAAAUGUGCUAAUCACUUUGACAGAAGCUGAUAUGUUAAUAUUUCAGAGUAACAAAGAGCUCCUAGAGUUUGCUUCACCAGUAGUUUAG